AUGGUUUUUAAAUACUACCCUCCAGAUUUCGAUCCAUCUAAAAUCCCUAAGCUUAAACUUCCAAAGGACAGGCAAUAUGUGGUCCGGCUUAUGGCUCCCUUUAACAUGCGGUGCAAGACGUGCGGCGAGUACAUUUACAAAGGCAAAAAAUUUAACGCCCGGAAAGAGACAGUCCAGAAUGAAUCUUAUUUGGGACUUCCCAUCUUCCGGUUUUACAUCAAAUGCACACGCUGCCUGGCGGAAAUCACGUUCAAGACAGACCCUGAAAACACAGAUUACGCCAUGGAGCACGGAGCUACCCGAAACUUCCAGGCCGAGAAGCUGCUGGAGGAAGAAGAAAAACGCCUGCAGAAGGAGAGAGAAGACGAAGAGCUGAAUAACCCCAUGAAGGUUUUGGAGAACAGAACCAAGGAUUCCAAACUAGAGAUGGAAGUUUUGGAAAACUUGCAGGAGCUGAAAGAACUCAACCAGCGCCAGGCCAAUGUGGACUUUGAAUCCAUGUUGCAUCAGUACAAAGAGUUUGAGGAACAGCAGAAACAGCGGGAAUUGGAGGAAGACGAGCAGGAAAUGAAAUCCAUGCUGGAGCAAGCGCAAAGCCGGAGGCUGCUGGAAGAUUCCGAUUCAGAAGAAGACCUUCCUCCAACUCGGCCAAAGCCCCUUGCAAAAGGGAAACCCACUGACAUCCUGCAACAGGAUUCAGAGCCACAAGCUAAAAAGUCCAAACUUGAAAGCUGGGAACGGAGUGUGGGAAAACUCUCGGUGAAGACACAACUGUCGGGAUUGGUGACCGCCAAGAAGAAGCCCAUUUCCGGGGCGGCCAAUGGAUUGGAGAGCCGAGAGCCACCAUCAGAAGCAGGAGUUGGAGAACAGCACGGUCUCGGCGCUUCUACAGCAACCCUGCCCAGCUCAAACACGGGGGUCUCUUCCCUUCGCCUUCUGGGGGCUUACUCUGACAGUGACGACAGUAAAAGCGACUGAAUUCUUGUGGGGGGGGGAAGACUUGUGGGGUUACAAGAAGACCUUCUCCAGCCCCACCCCCACUUCUGAGGAGAGAAACCAGCUGAAAUCCAAGAUGUCCUACUAGAUAAGACCACCAGCGAUCACUUUUCCCGCCCAGCAAGAAAAGCAAAGAGCAUUAUUUUGUUUUUCACCCAAGAUGAAGUUGGUUGAGAGAGUGGUGUCCUUUCUCAAGUAUUUUUUGGUGGCCCGGCUGGGGCGAAUAGAAGGGAAUCCAGGGUGUGUGAGUGGCAGGCCGGCAUGUAUGUGUGCAAGGGCAGCUCAACUUAUGCGAAUGGGCUAGCGCGCAUGCACAUGCGCGGGCAGCUCGACUGCAAAUUGUCUUGCGUGUGCGUCCCAGCCCGCCACUUGCAUGGCCCGGUUCCAAAUAGGUCAUGGCCCGGUUGCGGGCUGCAUCCCA